GACGUGUAAACAUGCACACACACGCAUUGCCGCACAGUAGCAGCUGCAACCUUUAUCGGAGUCCCUAUCCCGCCUCUCUUGUUGCUCUACUCGCGCAGGCCUUGCCUCAGAUUGAGAGUUGAGACUCCUGUUGUUGUGUACUUUACAUUGCACACAUAAUACAGCGGGCGUUCGUUUGCAGUCUGCUACGUAGUAUGUGUAUAGUUAUAUGACCCCGAGGAGCGCGAUCAGCAAUCAAGUUUCAUCUACGUAUAACGCAUACAUGCACUCGAGCACGCCGGCGAAUGUGCGCCUUGUAGAGGAAGAAGAUAGUCGCAUACCGGCACCAUGGCCAACAUCCCGGAACGGCUGCGUCAAUUUGACGCCUAUCCCAAGACUCUCGAGGAUUUUCGCAUUAAAACCAUCGGCGGUGCCAUCGUGACAAUACUCAGUGCAAUCGUUAUUACCUUACUUUUCAUUUCUGAGGCAAUUGAUUAUGUGACCCCGGAGCUGAAGGAAGAGUUGUUUGUUGACACGUCAAGAGGAUCUAAACUUAGAAUCAACCUGGACAUUGUGGUUUCUAGUGUAGCAUGUGAUUUGCUAUCUUUAGAUGCUAUGGAUACGACAGGGGAACAGCAUUUACAUAUAGAUCAUAAUAUUUAUAAAAGACGUUUGGAUUUAAAAGGACAACCUAUAGAAAAUCCAAAAAAGACAGAUUUGGCAGAAAUUAAGAAAUCUACAGAAAAGAUUGAUCCAGCAGAUAACUCAACAACUCCAAAAUGUGGUGAUUGCUAUGGUGCAGCUGGUGAAGAAUUUGGCAUAACAUGUUGCAAUACAUGUGCAGAAGUUAAAGAGGCUUAUAGAAUAAGAAAAUGGGCCAUACAAGAUCCGUCCAUGUUCGUACAGUGUAAAAAUGAUGCAUCAAUAGAGAGACUAAAGCAUGCAUUCAAGGAGAGCUGUCAAAUUUAUGGUUACAUGGAAGUCAAUCGCGUAGGAGGUAGUUUUCAUAUAGCUCCAGGACAAAGUUUUUCUAUCAAUCAUGUUCAUGUACAUGAUGUUCAACCAUAUUCUUCAUCUGCUUUUAAUUUGUCGUAUAAAAUCCGUCACUUGAGUUUUGGUACAAAUAUUCCAGGAGUUACAAAUCCUAUAGAUAACACACAAGUCAUUAGCUCGGGAGCGAUGAUGUUCCAACAUUUUAUCAAAAUAGUUCCAACGACGUACGUGAAGCUGGAUGGAUCAGUGCUACACACGAAUCAGUUCUCCAUGACGAAGCUCGAUCGCGACGUGUCGGGCGGAAUCGGCGAGGGCGGCAUGCCCGGCAUAUUCUUCUCCUACGAGAUGAGCCCGUUGAUGGUCAAGUACACUCAGACCUCGAAGCCGUUCGGCCACUUUUUGACCAAUGCCUGCGCCAUUAUGGGGGGCAUCUUCUCCGUGGCUAGCAUUCUCGAUGGUCUUGUCUACGCCUCGGUCAAGGCCAUUCAGAAGAAAAUCGAAUUAGGCAAAAUUAGCUAAAGACAAUCUCAAUUUUCUUUGAUAACACAUAUAAAGCAUUUAUCAGUUUUCGUGUUUUUUUACGUUCACCAUUGCGUGAUAAUAUUUAAUUUGUCAAGGCAGCUGAUUGCUGCAACAAUCGAUUGUGCUUUCCUUUAAACGAGAAUCUCUUGCGCUUAUUUUUUCUGUUAUAUUAAUUAUUUGUUGUUGAUAUGUUGGUUGAACGACGAUAUUUAAUUAUCAGUCUUCCGAAAAGUUUUUGCUUUUAAACAAAUUUGCACAAGUAUUGUCAGAAA